GACGACAGGACCUGUCCGGCAUGCGACAGACCAUUCAGGACAGCACAGGGCAUGAUGGCUCAUUUGAGCUCUGCAAAGUCCUGCAAAUGGUACAGGAAGGGCAAGAACCCCGUUCCUCACGACCGCCUGGUACCUGAAGUUGUGGAACAGGUACACGCCGUUAUCCAGGACUCGAGCGACGCGGACGAGGAACCACUGGAUUUCCAUGACAUCAUGGAGAACAGGGAUCUGUUCCGGUUCGUUCUGCCUACUUCUACUGUUGAUGAUGGGCCCAACGGAGACCAGGCUCUGGAUGACGACGAAGACACCCGGGUGGAGGAUGAAGACCCCCGAGCGGGGCGCGUAAUCAGAAUGGAGGAGACCGUUGUCGACACGUGGAAGGCUUAUUUUGGAGAGGAUGUUGAGCAAGAGGACCCUCCCGAGGACGCAAUGGAUGUGGAUGGAGUGGGUGUGGAUGAGCAAGCGGCUAAGGAUCCUAACCUCAAGUGGAAGCCCUUUGCAUCCGAGCUAGAUUGGCGGGUGGCAAUGUGGGCUGUCAGAGAAGACGUCGGGCAGAACUCACUGAACAGGUUUCUUCUCAUACCGGGGGUUGUUGAGAAGCUGGAACUCAGUUUCAAAGACGUCCGACAGCUUUUCCAGAAGGUGGACAGCAUCCCGGACCGAGCAUCAUGGCAGACUGCUACGCUCACCUUCCCUGAUCGACCAGAUGAGAAGCACAUGGUGCGGUACAGGGACAUCAUCGAAGCGAUUAAGGCCUUGGUUGGCAAUCCAGCGCAUGCCAAACAUAUUGUAUACCGGCCCAAACGAGUCUUUGCGGACCAGUCGCGGUUGAGGCGCAUAUACACGGAGAUGUGGACGGGCCUCUGG